AUUUAAGCCAGAAACUCAAGAGAACCUUCGAUAGCCAUAACACCAGUAAAUCUUAUCCUCCAAUCUCAAUCCGCGCGUAUUUCCAUGCAUUUCCAUUUCGUAUUCCUUUCAAAAUAUCUCCUCACGCGCUUUGCUCACCCUCCCGCUCCCUUCAGCUCCUCACUGGCGACUCCUCCAUAUCUUUUACUCCAAAACCUUUUUUCGAUGGCGGAUCCAAGCAACCUCUCAGCUGUUUCCUCCGAAGAUGCGGGGAAGUUCGGUUUCACGCGCGAUGAGAUGUACUCCAGUAACCUUGCCGGCACCGUCAACCCGUACGACCGCCACUUGUUCCUCCGCCAUAAGUCGUAUAACGAUUGGGCUUCCCGUGUCGAAGAGGGCGGCCUCCCUAAUCUCCUCUCCUCCGCUCUUAAGUCUCGCAAAAACGACAUCCCAGUCAAGACACUGUUGACGGUUAUUGAAGGAGCGGAAUCUGACGGAGAUGUGUUAGUUUUCCCUGAAAUGAUCAAAUACAAGGGUUUGACGGACUCCGAUGUGGAAGGUUUUGUUGAGGAUGUGCUUGUGAAUGGCAAGCCAUGGGCUUCUGGAGUGCAGGAAACAUUGACUGGUUCAUAUAUCUUUGCGUGCGCUCAUGGUAAUCGUGACAAGAGAUGUGGUGUUUGUGGACCAGCUCUGAUUCAAAAGCUGAAUGAGGAGAUUGAGUUGCGUGGACAGAAGGAUCAGAUGUUUGUAAGUGCUUGCUCUCACAUUGGAGGGCACAAGUAUGCUGGGAACUUGAUUAUCUUCAGCAUAGAUUCUGAGGGAAAGAUCACGGGCAACUGGUAUGGCUAUGUUACUCCAGAAGAUGUGCCUGAGUUACUUGAUCAGCAAAUUACAAAAGGAGAAAUAAUACAACACCUUUGGAGGGGUCAAAUGGGGGCUUCUACUGAAGGAGGUGAUAAAACAUAUGAACAGAAGCUUCCAAAUGGGACUGAAGUGAAGAAAAAUGAGAAGCACGAAGAAACUACUACUCAGAAGACAAAGGAAAAUGUGGAUGGUUGUUGUCAGGGUGCUAAUGGGUUUACCUGUUGCAUGACUGCUAGUUUGGAAGCAAAUGAAAAAGAGAAAAGUGAAGAGCCAAGAGAAGUGUGUGGAAAGACUGGGAUGUGCAAAUUGACAAGCUGGGUAGAAUCAUGGGAGCAACAUCACGUUCUUACAGCAGCAGCCGUGGUUGGAGUUGUUGCAACCAUUGCGGUGGCUUAGAGCUAUUAUAGAAGGUCAGGCUGAAGUAAUCCUUGUAAUCCAAUGUCUUACUGUUUGCUUGUGUGUUGUAUACCCCUUUUUUGGGUCCCUGAGGCAAAAUAGUUAGUAAAAUAAUCCUCCAAACCACAAACUUGUUUGGGAGAUUGAUACUAUAGUCGCUUUUUACUAUACAGGGAUUUGAAGUACCAAACUUUAGCUGGUGUAGGGAUGAAAUAUUACCCCCACUGGUUUUUUCCAGUUGAUAUCUGCUCAAAGUUAGAUAUUUCAUUAUAUGUAUGACUUUGUUUUUAUUAACAUUAUACGAAUGGAGUUUUAGUGCUUCAUCUUGACACAA